AUGCCUCAGAAGCUUAGAAUCGCCGCCGCCGGCCUUGGCCGUAUGGGCAAGCGUCAUGCCAUCAAUUUCUUACAGCGGACUCCCCGCGCACAGCUCGUCGCGGCAUUCACCCCCGACCAGAUCGAGCUUGCUUGGGCACGACAAGAGCUGGAGCCCCAUGGCGUAAAACUUUACAACGACUACGAUGAGAUGCUCUCCCACGAGGGCCUUCAGGCUGUUGUCAUCGCGACUGUGACCAAGGUCCAUGCCGAGGAGGCUAUCAAGGCCAUUAACAAGGACCUCCACAUUCUCUGCGAGAAACCCAUCUCUCUCGAAAUCGCCAAGUCCAUGGAGGUUGUCACUGCUGCCCAGCACAAGCCUCACCUCAAAAUCAUGUGUGGGUUCUCUCGUCGCUUCGACUCGUCUUAUCGAGAUGCGUUUGAAAAGAUUGAGAGCGGCUUGAUUGGCCGACCCUCAAUCAUCAGAUCUCAGACCUGCGACAAACACGACCCUAGCGAGUUUUUCGUCAAGUACGCCGCUCUCAACGGAGGCUGCUUUGUCGACAUGAGUGUCCACGACAUUGAUCUCUCUUUGUGGUUCUUUGGUGAGGACUCCCAGGUCAAGUCCGUUUCUGCCUCCGGCAUCACUGUUAUUUCUCCUGAGCUGAAGGAGCACGGCGACUGCGACAACGCUGUGGGCAUCGUCGAGUUCUGGGGGGGCAAGAUCGCGUACUUUUAUAACUCUCGCAUGAUGGCGCACGGCCAAGAGGACACCACCGAGCUCAUUGGCACUGGUGGGAAGCUCACCGUCAACGGCAAUCCCCAGGCUAAUUUCGUGAACUACUAUGGGCCCCAAGGGAUCACGAGAGAGGUGCCUGCUCACUAUUAUGGCCGCUUCGAGUACGCAUUUGUGCAGGAGGCUAACGAGUUCACCGCGGCCGCGCUCGAUAACACCAAGCUUCCUCUGAAGCUUACAAAUGCUGUAAAGGCUAUGCAAAUUGGAUCAUACCUGCAAGAGGCUUUAUUGACGGGAAGAAAGCUUUUCUUUGAUGAAAAUGGCCGUCGCCUUGAGAAGCAGACCAAGUUAUAG